GCCGCCGGCUGAGAGCGCCGGGGAAAGUCCCCGCCGAGAGGCAGCGCGGAGGGCCCGCCGCGGCAGCAAAGAGAGAAGAAGGCACGCCUAGUUGUUGCUAAUAUGCUGCCAUCCUGCCUGCGACUGUCCUGCCAUCCCUGCCGCCUUGCAUUCGCCUGGAGAAUCAACAAAUGGAAAGAGCUUUUAUAAGGAAACUUCUGCCAACGUCCAGGGGAAGAGCAGCAACGGGAGGUGUGCAGUGCUGUAGCACCACGCUGCUGCACAGAAAGCCCCAACCAACAGACACAGCUUGGUUACAUGGCAUCUGCACAGUUAGAUUUUAGCGACCGAAAAACCGAUGUGUUGGUUUGCUGCCUUUCUGCUUUUGGGAUAUUCCCACAGUCUCAGUUCUAUGUGGAUUCUAUGAGCGUAACAAACUGGAGGACCAUAAUGUAACACAUCCCGCGUGUUGCACAAUUUCUAUCCUGUGUGGUUAUGAAGGAGCUCUGAAAUAGCCAUCCUCUGCCCAGCCCGGCACAAAGACGGCCAUGCUUCCUAUGGGGAAGAAGCACCAUCAACCUUAUUGCAAAACCUGUCAUUAGGAAAGUAGCUAGAAAAAUAACUUAAGUUUGCACUGAUCUUUUAACUUCCAAAAGAAUAUAAUUUGAGGAAUAUUAGGCACUUCUUGACAAUUUGAAGCUUUUUACCCUUACUUCAGGAAGCUGGAGAAUUCAGGUGUAGCUUUGGUAGUUGCUGCGAUAUGGAACAACUCAUUGGAAGAGCUGCCCCAGAAAUGAAUGUCUACAAACAUUUUUUUCUUUCCAGAUGUGAAGCGCUGUGCCCCGUGAUACUGUGCUGCUUCUUACCGUUGGAGGAUGGCUGCUCUACUCUGUGAGAACUGCUCCAGUCGGUACCACCAGCCCCAGCUCAACCAGCCCCUGGAGAUCAGCCUCAUGCUGCUUCUGGUCAUGUUUGGAAAAGUGUGCCUGGAUUUCUUCAUGCUGCAAGUUAAGCACAAGAAAGUGAAAGUUAGUUUUAUGGGAUAUUUUUGUGUCUCUUUGGCACUUCUUGAUUUCAUACUGCUGCUGAACAUAGCUGUCAUCCUCUCUUUGGAGGAUUUUGCACUCUGGGGUGUCAGAUUUACCCAGUACCACAUCUGCCUGUUUACUCAGAUCAUUUCUCUCACUUACGGUACUUUGCAUUACCCGGUGUAUCUCGUGGCAGGUCUGGAUUACUACAUGACUAUAGCCCAAACCUCUCAAUUCCCCCGAAGAGGUCGAAGACUAUUUUACAUCUUUGUUGUGGUUUUCAUAUGGAUCUCAGGCUUUUUUUGUGUUCUGCAAGUUCCUGCCAUCUAUGAAGAACUAGAAGUUCGGAACCAUUUCUCUCCUUAUCAGUGUCCCCUCUACAUCAGCAUGCAGAGCUACUCGGUCUCAGUUGCCAUGCUGGUUCUCAUAGGCAUGGCUCUCGUGGUUUGCUGGAAGGAAAUGAUCACCAUGCUGCUGUCUGUGAGGGUGGCCUCCUUUGCCAGCCAGCCCGUCCUGAUGUUCUCCUAUGUGCCCAACAACAACAGCACUUGUUUCAAGCGGCAGCUUCUGACCAGACUCCUCAUCUGCUUCCUUGGCACUUGGGCACCUUUUGUUCUUCUCCAGUUUAUCAUCUUGUUUCUUGGUGCUUGGAUUCCAGCCUACAUGGAGAUGAACGUCCCUUGGCUGUACUUCAUCAACAGCUUUCUUAUUGCAGUAGCAUACUGGUGUCGAUGUCACGACGUUGAAUUGACAGAGGAGAUGUGGUCUACAGAUCCAUUUGUCAGCUGGAAAUUCUGCUUUAUGCCAUUUAACAAUGAAAACACAGAGCCAGCUGAAAAGCCAGGCACAGUAAUUGUGAUCUGUUAACGAGCUGCUGACUGAAAAGACUGCUAGGGCUGUGUGUACUUUGAUGCUCUGUGACCAUGUCCUUUCAGAUAAUACAAGGAAGCAUCUUCAGAGCUACAAUCCACAGGAAGAAAAUCCAACAUUAAGUACAGUAAGGAAUAGUGCACCAGAAUGUGCCUCACUUCUACCCUGGGCUUUAUUUCCAUUUCAGAGUAUUUAAGAGAAGGCCACUAUUUACAUAAAAUAAGUUCUUGGUUAAAGCUGGUGUUUAUUACUACAAUUUUACAAUUGUUUUAAAAUUGAAUGAUCUCAGACUUUAUAGUAUAAAACGCAUCAGCCUUUAAUGGGCUGAAGCCUUUUAUUAUCAGUUACAUUGAGGUGACCUACUGUCAAGUUCAAACUGCUGUGGUUUUUGUUGUUUUUUUUUUUUUUUUUUUUAAGUGUAUUUUCUUGUUAAACAUUGUGUUAGUUUAUGGUUUUUUGCAUGGUUAACGAGGAAUACAUUGUUUUAGUUAAAGCUAUACCUCCUACAGAACCAUAAACUUUGUUUACGGAAACGAUUGCAAGAUGUAUACUAGCACAGCUAUGAGAAAGGCAGUGUUUUGUUAUUUCCUUGUUACUGUUCCUCUAAGGUAUGUAUGUGCACAUUAAAAACUACUGAAUUACAGUCACAGCAAUAAGAGCUUUAAUGCAAAAGAAACACAAACAUGCUCAAUUUGAACAGUUGGACCAGACCCCCUGUGCUAAGCAGAUGCAUCUACUCUUACAAGGUUACGUAAGUACAUGCCAAAGGGCAAAGGAUGGGUUGAACUAGAAUAGAAUCUGUGUUGGAGCCAAAGUCACACUGACAUUAAAGUAGUUCAAUUUGCUAAAGCGUGCCUAAUGCAGUAAGGGAAAACCUGCUCAGACUUCCAAACUACUUCAAUAAUUUUCAAGUUCUUGAGGAAGCUCUCAAAUUUACAGGGGAUUGAUAAAUAAGUGAUCCACAACCCAAGCAGACAAAUGGAAGUAGUAUUUAUUUCUGAAGCACUGAACUCACAGUACAAUAUUGUAUUGAAGUAGAAACUAUAAGUAAAUUAUGUUGUAGGUUGGUUAAUCAUUCACUCAGACCCACAGGGAACAAUGGUAUCACAUAAGAAUACUAAAGAAAAAUCUGCAGAUAACCAAAGGUGCAAUUACAAGCAAAUUUAAGCAGCAAGUAUAAGGUGCUUUGUUUCAGCAUUUGUAUAGUCAGUUUAAACAUUGACAGAUUAAAGAAAUCUCACUUCUACUGAUGAUAACAAAUGGGAGAAUCUAAAAUUCAUUCACGUGCUAAUUGGUAAUAAGAAAGUGCUUUAAAAAUGAUUCACAAGGUGAAGAUCAUCUGUUUUACAUAGUUCACUGUGCUCUUCAACUGCAGAAUUUAAUUUUGGGGCUACCAGUGACACUAUUAUAUAUUAAUUAUAGACAAGAUUUAAU